AUGCCUUCUAUAAGAUACCUUGUCGGUGCUCUUAUCAUGGGGUUGUGUGUCGCGGCAUGGAGAGUUCGACAAUAUCGUUAUACUUGUGCGCCAGUGAAGACGAAACCAGUUCUAUCGGACAAGAAGGAAACAGUCAUUACACCCCUGGAGGGGUUUGACUGGGAGAAAACAGAGCCGUUGCAAUUUCGGCCAUUCAAAGGCAAAGAGAAAUUCAAUCUGACCAUGUCAAUCGAAAAUCUCGACCCGUCAGAACUGAUUCCAAUGGACAAAACAUACAAAGACCGCCUAGACCUUCGCAAAUCAAUCCUCAAUCAACACCACGACAUAGUAGUGGCAGUCAAUGACAAACCGCAAACCCAAGAUCCACGCACUCACACCGCCGUCAGCGAACUCUACACUUUUAUCCUAGGCAAAUACCUACCAACGCGCUACCCAAGCAUGUUCAAACUAAGGAGCAGCAACUCGAACCCUCUCUUCGAAAACCUAGUAACAGGCGCAAUCCACCCAACAACCCUAUCACAAAGCACAUCAACAAUUGAAGCUCUAGAAAUCCUAACACAAACUGUCGACGAAGAGUUCCUAAUCCUAUUACCAGAACUCUCACCUGAGAAUAAUGAACAGCCAAAGUAUAUCCUACAAGCCUACGCAGCCUGUUUCCCAUCUGGAUUCAAUACACGCGAGAAACUCGGUCUGCGACUGGCUGAUAUCCAUAAACCAGUUCCCGGGUAUAAAGAGAAGAUCGAGCGCAGUAUGGAUCGGUUCUUUGCGCGGAUUGAGGUUGGGAGGUUUGUUCGGCGGGUUAAUUGGAGUGUUACUAUUGCUACGGAUUUGUUUGCUGCUUUUGGUGGGACGCACGCUGUGGUUGGGAAGAAGGAGGCUGCUAUUGAGCCUGGGAAAUUGAAUGUCGAUAAGACUGUUCUUCGGUGUGAACGGCAGACUUUGCAUCGGAUGCCUGUGUCUGAGGCGCUUGUCUUUGCCUUUCAUACGUAUACGUAUCCGAUUAGGCAGAUUAGGGAUGAAGGUCUCGGGGGCGAUAUGGCGAUUGCGGUUGAUGGUUUGCGGAAGGGUAAUGUGCCUGAAAUGCAUAUCUAUAAGAAGGGUGAUGUGUGGGGAGAAGCAUUGAAGGAAUUCUUGAGAUCUUAG